AUGGCCCUGGAGAAGCCCCUUCCGGCGGGGGCAGAGGGGCAGCCUCCGGUGGGCCUGGGCCCGGCCUCCUGGCCCCUCUCCAGCCCUCUCCGUCUGGGGGCCCCAGGGACCCCUCGUCCCGGGUGCAGCUCUGGGUCCGGCUCUCCCCCUCCCUCCCCACGUGGGCCCCCCCACUGGUCGGCCCAGCCAGCCUUCCCAGAAGAGGCCCCUCCGCAGCCCCUCCGCAGUUCCUUGGCCUCGUCCUGGCGGAAGGCUUUCGGGAGGGGGUGGAGGCGGCCCCGAGAAGAACCUCCUGCCGCCCCCUUGGGACCCCACUCCUCCGGGGCCCCAAACCCCCCACCCGUCCGUCCAGGCCUGGAGACCCCUGAGCGAACCAGCCUGACUGGCGGGGAGGAGGAGAAGGAGGAGGAGGAGGGCGGCUCCACCAGUAGCGAGAGGAAGGAAGGAGGCCAGGGUCCCCCCUCGGAGGCCACCCCGUCUUCCAAGUCUGGGAAGGGCGUGUCCCUCUCCAGCCACGGGGAGGCCUCCACAGGGCCCCCGGGAUACAGGGAGAAGCUGGAGUCUUGCGAGCGCAAGUACGGCCACCUGAAGUCCUGGCCCGGCCUCCUGAGGCUGCUGGGGGCCCUGGAGCUCCUCCUGGGGGGGAUGGCCUUCGCCUGCACCGCGGCCUACGUCCAGAAGGACUACCAGUGGCCCCAGCUGUACAGCAGCGGCUUCACCGGAGCAGGCUUUGGCUCCUACGUCCCGAUGACCCCCUUUGUGCUGGUGGUGGCCAGCCUGGCCUGGCUGCUGACGGUCAUCCUGCUGGCCCUGGGGCUGACCACGCACUACCGGGCCAUCCUGCUGGGCUCCCACUGGUGGCCCCUGGCCGAGUUCGCCCUCAACCUCUCCAUGUUCCUGCUCUACCUGGCGGCCGGCAUCGCCUACGUCCACGACCUCAACCGGGGGGGCCUCUGCUACUCGGCCUUUGCCUACGGGCCCCUCCUCACGGCCCUCUGCCGGGUGGAGGGGGGGCAGGUGGCCGCCCUCACCUUCCUCUUCCUCGUCCCCUUGCUCUACCUGGCCGGCUCCCUCGUCUGUCUCCAGAUGUGGCGGCACGAAGCAGCCCGGAGGAGGAGGAGGCUGCUCCCCCCGCCGAGGCCGGUUUUCCUGCCGGGGGCUUCCCCUGAGCACCUGAGGAUCCCUCCGGCCAAGGGACGUCCAGCCGGCCGGGGGUCCAGGCGCGUCGCGUUCUCCGAGGAAGGAGGCCCGGAAGUGCUCAACCACGCCAUCCCGGUGGGGCACAACCCCAAGCCGCUUAUCGUCCCCGAUUACAUCGUGCGGUACCCGGCCAUCGGGAGUCCGGCCGAGCGGGAGAAGUACACGGCCAUCUUCAAGGACCAGUAUGUGGAGUACCAGGCCCUCCUCCGCGAAAUCCAUGCCAGGCGGCAGAGGUUCCAAGAGUUGGAGGCCCUCAUGUCCAGGCUGCCCGUCCGUCCGCAGAGCAAAGAGGAGCAAAGCCGCCUCUCGGCUGUCUGGAGGGCCUACAGGGGCAAGAAGGAGGACCCCUCCUUCCUGGAGAAACAGGAGCGCUGCGACUACCUGAGGAAAAAACUCUCCCACCUCAAGGCCCAGAUCCAGACCUUCGACGCUGACUGGAGCGAGCCGUCCGUGGCGCUUUGA